AUGAAACCCAACAGCAAAGCAAAACAUGAGACGAGAGUGAGUCCCGAGUCCCAACUGCAUCAGCAAUGUAUGUGUUGGUGCCUACUGAUGAUAGUAUUAUUGAUUACACCGAACAGAUUGUUCCCCCACCCAUCAUCCGCUUAUCCCUUUCUGCUUAUAAGCAGCGGCAAAGCUAAAAGUCAUAAGUACUCCCCAAGUAGCUGAACUAACCACUCCCAACUCUCACACUUCUCUCUCUCUCUCUCUUGCACAAAGAAAAGAAAGAAAGAAAGAAAGAAAGCAAACACGGGGUUUUAUACUUCUCUCUCACCUGCAGAAACGUAUAUACAGAUUAGUUUUAUGUGUAUACUUGUGUAUGUAUACGCCAAUGGCUGAAGGAAGAAAUCUCUGGAACUUGGUAUCAAAGUAAAGAAUUUUCUGGGAGAAACUUUGAGGUUUUAGGGUUAUUUGAGGUUUUCUUGUCAGCUCAGCUUGGUUGUGUGUUUGAUUAUUUAUUAUCCCCUUUGGAUCAAGAAUGGGAGCUUUUUCCUUGCUUUGUUGAUGCCGUGCUUUAUAUGCAUUCUGCGAGUAUUUGUUGCCGCUCAUUAGUGGAGGAGUUAUCCUUUGUUUUACUGUAUUUUUAUGUAGACUAAGUGAUCUCUGUUGUAGAAUUAGUGUCGUAGUUGUAUUGAUUGAUUUGAACAGUGAAAUUUUUAGCUCAUUCAACAAUUAGUUGGGGAGAAAAAGGGAUGAAAUUGUAGAAACUGUGUUACAGGGGAAAUGACUGGUCCUAGGAGGAAAGGAAUUCGUUUUAGUAGGUUAUAUUCAUUUUCUUGUUUUAAAUCUUCUUUUAGAGAUGAACACGGUCAAAUUGGACAGAAGGGUUAUUCGAGGGUCGUGUACUGUAAUGACCCUGAUAAUCCGGAGCAGCUUGUGCUUAGGUAUCGCAGUAAUUACGUUUCGACUACCAAGUACAACGCGUUUAAUUUUAUUCCCAAAUCGUUGUUCGAGCAGUUUAGGAGGGUUGCAAAUAUAUAUUUUCUUGUGGUAGCUUGUGUUUCGUUUAGUCCAUUGGCACCGUACACUGCUUCUAGCAUUCUUGCACCUUUGAUUGUGGUGAUUGGAGCAACAAUGGCCAAGGAAGCGGUCGAAGAUUGGAGGCGUAGGAAACAGGAUAUAGAGGCGAACAAUCGGAAGGUUCAAUUUUAUGAUAGAAAUCAUAAUUUUCAAGAUACCAGAUGGAAGAAAUUAAGAGUGGGCGAUCUUGUAAAAGUUUACAAGGAUGAAUAUUUUCCUGCAGAUCUGCUUCUUCUUUCAUCAAGCUAUGAGGAUGGGAUUUGUUAUGUCGAAACUACAAAUCUAGAUGGAGAAACUAAUCUAAAGGUGAAGCAUGCUUUAGAUGUCACGUCCUCUCUGCAGGAGGAAAAUUCCUUUCAGCAAUUUAAGGCCGUCAUCAAGUGCGAGGACCCGAAUGAGGAUCUUUACACGUUCGUAGGGACUCUUUACUACGACGGUCAGCAGUAUCCCCUUUCUCUUCAACAGCUUCUCUUAAGAGAUUCUAAAUUGCGAAACACCGAGUAUGUGUACGGUGUGGUUGUUUUCACUGGUCAUGAAACUAAAGUCAUGCAGAAUGCUACGGAUCCACCUUCUAAGAGGAGUAAGAUUGAGAGAAAGAUGGAUAAAAUAAUAUAUCUUCUCUUUAGUAUGUUAAUCUUGGUAUCUUUUAUCGGGUCUUUCUUUUUUGGAAUCACCACCAAGAACGACAUUGUUGACGGAAAGUUAAAGAGGUGGUAUCUCCGUCCAGACCAUACGACUGUGUUUUACGACCCGAAAAGAUCGGCACUGGCCGCGUUUUUUCAUUUCUUGACUGGUCUUAUGUUGUAUGGAUAUCUUAUACCUAUAUCCCUUUAUGUAUCCAUCGAGAUAGUAAAAGUUCUACAAAGUAUCUUCAUUAAUCAAGAUCAGGAUAUGUAUUAUGAGGAAAUGGAUAAGCCAGCACAUGCAAGGACUUCCAAUUUGAACGAGGAGCUUGGUCAGGUGGAUACUAUUCUUUCUGAUAAAACUGGUACUUUGACAUGCAACUCCAUGGAUUUCGUCAAAUGCUCAAUAGCUGGAGUGGCUUAUGGCCGUGGUAUGACAGAAGUUGAGAGAGCAUUAGCAAAGAGAAAAGGGGAUGCGAGUGAUUCUGGAAUUACUUCGUCUGAUAUACAAAUGUCUAGUGAUGACUCUGUGGCCUCAGGGAAAUCAAUUAAAGGUUUCAACUUCAGUGAUGAGCGUAUUAUGAAUGGUCAAUGGGUAAAUGAACCUCAUGCUGAUAUGAUUCAGAAGUUCUUUAGAGUACUAGCUCUCUGCCAUACAGCCAUUCCUGAGGUCAAUCAAGUAACAGGUGAAAUCACAUAUGAAGCUGAGUCACCUGAUGAAGCUGCGUUUGUCAUUGCUGCAAGGGAGCUUGGCUUUGAAUUCUUUGAAAGAACACAAACUAGCAUCUCUUUGCAUGAACUAGAUCAUAUGAGUGGCAGGAAAAUUGACAGAUCAUAUACACUAUUGCAUAUCUUGGAGUUCAGUAGUGCUCGGAAAAGAAUGUCCGUGAUUGUGAAGAAUGCUGAAAACCAGUUGCUGCUACUUUGCAAGGGUGCAGACAGUGUAAUGUUUGAAAGGCUUUCAGAGGACGUGCCAGAUUUUGUUUCUGCAACCAUGGAUCAUAUAAAAAGAUACGCUGAAGCUGGUUUACGAACUUUAGUAGUUGCAUACCGUGAGCUUAAUGAAGAAGAGUUUAAGUCAUGGGAAGAGGAGUUUCUGGAGGCCCAGACAUCCGUCAGUGCUGAUAGAGAUGCUUUGGUGGAUGCUGCUGCUGAUAAGAUCGAACGGGAUUUAAUUCUCCUAGGUGCUACAGCUGUCGAGGACAAACUGCAAAAAGGGGUUCCUGAAUGCAUUGACAAGCUUGCAAAUGCUGGAAUCAAAGUCUGGGUUAUUACUGGUGACAAGAUGGAGACAGCAAUAAAUAUUGGGUAUGCUUGUAGCUUACUGAGAGAGGACAUGCAGCAAAUUGUUAUUACUUUAGACUCUCCAGAAAUUAAUGAUCUUGAAAAGAAAGGAGACAAGGAGGCUGUUGCGAAGGCUUCAAGUGCGAGCAUUACAAAUCAAAUCAAAGAAGGAAAACGUCAACUGAGCUCCUCUGAGGGAAGCUCUGUUUCAUUUGGCUUGAUAAUCGAUGGCAAGUCAUUGUCCUUUGCUCUGGGCAAGAAUCUGGAGAAUUCAUUCUUGGAUCUUGCAAUUAAUUGUGCGUCUGUUAUAUGCUGUCGGUCCACACCUAAACAGAAAGCUUUGGUUACAAGAUUGGUUAAAAAAGGUACGGGCAGGACAACACUGGCAAUUGGUGAUGGGGCAAAUGAUGUAGGCAUGCUUCAAGAAGCUGAUAUUGGGGUUGGCAUCAGUGGUGUCGAGGGCAUGCAGGCUGCAAUGUCGAGUGAUUUUGCCAUUGCACAGUUCCGGUUUCUAGAACGCCUUUUGUUGGUUCAUGGCCACUGGUGCUACAGACGAAUAGCUUUGAUGAUAUGCUAUUUCUUUUACAAGAACAUUGCAUUUGGGUUCACUCUGUUCUGGUUUGAGACUCAUGCUUCCUUCUCCGGCCAACCUGCUUAUAAUGACUGGUACAUGUCAUUCUACAACGUGUUCUUUACUUCACUUCCCGUCAUUGCUCUUGGAGUUUUCGAUCAAGACGUUUCCGCACGGCUUUGUUUGAAGUAUCCCAUGUUAUAUCUAGAGGGAGUCCACGACAUUCUCUUCAGUUGGCCACGCAUUCUCGGUUGGAUGUUAAACGGGAUUCUAAGUUCCAUGAUCAUCUUCUUCUUCACAACCAGCUCAGUAAUACACCAAGCCUUCCGUCAGGACGGCCAAGUGCUCGAUUUCGAAGUUCUCGGGGUAAUGAUGUAUACUUGCGUCGUGUGGACAGUGAACUGCCAAAUGGCAAUAUCCAUAAAUUACUUUACUUGGAUCCAGCACUUCUUCAUCUGGGGUAGCAUUGCCUUCUGGUAUGCAUUUUUAGUGAUGUAUGGCGCCAUUUCUCCUAUAAUAUCCACGACGGCGUACCAGGUCCUCGUAGAAGCCUGCGGUCCGAGUCCUUUCUAUUGGCUGGCAACACUUCUUAUCGUCGUGACGACUCUGUUGCCAUAUUUCAUGUACAGGGCUUUUCAAAUAGAGUUCAAUCCCAUGAUCCACGACGUUAUUCAAAGACGAAGGCUGCAAAGCUCGGAGGAGGAAGAAGCUUCCGUGGAGUUGUUCUUCCAACAUAAGGAAAAAAUAGCUAGUGUAAAGGAGAAAUUGAGAGAGCAGGAGACAUUGCUAAGUAAAUAGUAAAGCGUAAUGUUUGUGUGUGUACGUAGACUGAGUGUUUUGAGGAAUUUGGUGGGGUUCAAAGUGGUGAAGCCCACGCACAGUAAAAAACUGAUAAUAUUGCAGAUUCUCUGUACAGAAAAAAGGGGUCAUUUGUUUAUGAUAUUCUUUCCCAGCUUUAUUCAGCAAUAAUAGACUGUCACCUUCCUUAGAAA